CAAAUUUCAAUUUCCACCCAAACCCAAAUCCCUCGAUACUAUAAAUCCCCCAUUUCACUGCAUCUUUACUACACUCUCAUUCGCAAUUAUCAUUACCGAUACACAGAGUUGAAAGAUCUUAUCAAUGGCUCGUACAAAGCAAACAGCUCGCAAGUCAACCGGCGGCAAAGCCCCAAGGAAGCAGCUGGCUACCAAGGCGGCGCGUAAGUCGGCUCCGGCCACCGGCGGGGUGAAGAAGCCUCAUAGGUUCAGGCCAGGGACGGUGGCUCUGAGAGAGAUUAGGAAGUACCAGAAGAGCACGGAGCUUCUGAUUCGGAAGCUUCCAUUUCAGCGUCUGGUUCGUGAGAUCGCUCAAGACUUCAAGACCGAUCUGAGGUUCCAGAGCAGCGCCGUUUCGGCUCUUCAGGAGGCUGCGGAAGCGUACUUGGUAGGGUUGUUUGAGGAUACAAACUUGUGCGCCAUUCAUGCGAAGAGGGUCACCAUUAUGCCAAAAGACAUUCAGCUCGCUAGGCGUAUUAGAGGGGAAAGGGCUUAG